AGGGUGGGGACCCGGAUGUCGGUGGUGGAGGCCGUAGCCCAGCGGCGGUGAGGGUCUGGCAGGCCCAUGGAGGAGGAGGACGGGGCUGCUGGGGCUGGCUCACUUGAACAAGAUGGAUGACCUCAACCUGCACUACCGGUUCUUGAAUUGGCGGCGGCGAAUCAGAGAGAUCCGGGAGGUUCGGGCAGUCCGCUACCAGGAGAGAUUCAAACACAUUUUGGUAGAGGGAGACACAUUGAGUUACCAUGGAAAUUCUGGUGAAGUUGGCUGCUAUGUGGCUCCCCGGCCCCUGACCAAGGACAGCAAUUACUUUGAGGUAUCAAUUGUGGACAGUGGGGUGCGGGGCACCAUUGCUGUUGGGCUGGUCCCUCAGUACUACAGCCUGGACCACCAGCCUGGCUGGCUGCCUGACUCAGUUGCCUACCAUGCUGAUGAUGGCAAGCUGUAUAGUGGCCGAGCCAAGGGCCGCCAGUUUGGGACGAAAUGUAGCUCUGGGGACCGGAUUGGCUGUGGCAUCGAGCCCGUCUCUUUUGAUGUGCAGACAGCUCAGAUCUUCUUUACUAAGAAUGGGAAGCGGGUGGGCUCUACCAUUAUGCCUGUGUCCCCAGAUGGGCUCUUCCCUGCAGUGGGUAUGCAUUCCCUGGGCGAAGAAGUACGGUUACACCUGAAUGCUGAGCUGGGCAGCGAGGAGGAUGACAGUGUGAUGAUGGUGGACAGCUAUGAGGAUGAGUGGGGACGAUUGCAUGAUGUCAAAGUAUGUGGGACGCUGCUGGAGUAUGUGGGAAAGGGCAAGAGCAUCAUUGAUGUAGGGCUGGCCCAAGCCCGCCACCCGCUCAGCACUAGAAGUCACUACUUUGAGGUGGAGAUUGUAGACCCUGGGGAAAAAUGCUACAUUGCCUUGGGGCUGGCAAGAAAGGAUUAUCCCAAGAAUAGGCAUCCUGGCUGGAGUAGAGGUUCCGUGGCAUAUCAUGCAGAUGACGGGAAGAUCUUCCAUGGCAGUGGCGUAGGGGACCCUUUUGGGCCACGCUGUUAUAAAGGAGACAUCAUGGGCUGUGGGAUCAUGUUUCCCCGAGAUUACAUUCUGGAUAGUGAAGGAGACAGUGAUGACAGUUGUGACACGGUGAUCCUGUCUCCCACUCCUCGAGCUGUCCGAAAUGUAAUGUACCUGCAUCAGGAGGGGGAGGAAGAGGAAGAGGAGGAGGAGGAAGAAGAAGAGGAAGAAGAUGGGGAAGAGAUGGAGCAAGAGCAUGAGGGCAGAAAGGUGGUGGUGUUCUUCACCCGAAAUGGCAAGAUCAUUGGCAAGAAGGAUGCUCUUGUGCCCCCUGGAGGCUUCUUUCCCACCAUCGGCAUGCUGAGUAGUGGGGAAAAGGUCAAAGUGGACCUGCACCCUCUGAGCGGCUAGGGCUUCUGCGGGCACUCCCUCUUCUUCCUCCUUCCCAGGACUAUACACCCAGUUCGUGGCCUCUCUUUCCUGCCUUCUUCCUUCCCCUGGCCCCUGCCCUCCUCUUCCAGGGUUUGAGGAGGGCUUCAUUCUCUCUCUUGCCCUGGCUUGGCUGAGCACCAGGCUGAGUGCCUGCUGGGCCAGGCAGUUCUCCAGUGUCUGCCUCUCUGGUCCUGGUAUCACCUUCAUCAUCAUUCCUUAGGGCCAAGGCCCCAACACAACAGGGAUGUACCAACAGGGCCAUGGUGCCCUUGGUUUUUUGCCAGUGACUCUAAGGCCCUCUCCCUUCCGAGGCCUCUGGCUCCUGGGUCAAAGAAGGAUGAGUCUUGGUUGCUGACUGAAUAGGGCCAGGUUUGUGCCUGAGUAUAAGGCUACAAUAUCCUUCCCUCGACCCCAAGCCUGAGACCAUGGCUGGACACUGCUCGGAGCAUCUCAAAGUCUUUGAAAUGCCAGCUUUGCCUGAGCCUGGGGCAGUUCUCAGAGGUGGGACUGGUGGGACCAUUGGUCUUUCCCAAGGAUCUCUCUGCUUCCUUCCAUCUCUCUGUCUACUGAAUGUCUGUGAUAUUGCUGCUUUGGUCUGUCCCUCCUCCCGCCCCUGCUGGCAGGGCUUGGGGUGAGGCUUUUUGCUUGUACUGACCAUUGCCCCAAGCAGUCUAGGGACAGUCUCCAUUCCUUCUUCUGAGGUCUGGAAGACACCCUCAUACUGUACCAUUGACCCAUGGAGAAACUGCUGCAUUUCUCCAGCCCCACCAAACAGCUUGGUGCCAAGUGUGUCGGGGAGAUGCGGCUCCUUUAGCUCGUUCCGGAGAGUCCCUUACCCCCCUGAUGCCACCCCUCCUUGGCUUUCCCAGCCCAGUCUGCCCCAGAACAGGUGGGGGAGUGCAGUGACCCCAGAGCCCUGUGACUGGACUUCCUGUGCUGGGGCUGCUCUGGGCCCUCCCUCCCUUCCCCUCUGUCACCCUCCCGCUUUCCCUCUUCGGGGAGUGGGAUAUCUGCUUGCUGCUUGUUCGAGUUGCCUGGUUUGUGUCAGUGUUUGGUUCCAGCUCUUACACUCUCUCCCCUACUCCCACUCUGGGCUCUCACGUUCCCCCUUCCCCUCUCCAUGACAGGGGACAGGAGCUCCUUGCCCUGGUUGGCACAGAAAGAAUGGGGCCUCUAGGAGAAGGGAGGGGCUGAGCUGCUGUGCUGCUGGGGGACCUAGACCUCUGGCCUCCCCCCCCCCCCCCCCUCCCCGCCCCAUGAUGUAUGAAAUGUAUGUACAGACCAGAGAUGUUUAUACAGCCAAUAAAGAUGGAAUUUCCAUAUUUA